AGGUAUGCUACUAACCGGUAAAUAUACGAGAAAAAAUGUGAUACAUCGGAAAUCACAAUUAAGCCUAAUCCAUUAACAAUUAGUGAAACGCGAUAUGCAUAUGGUUUCGAUGAGAAAUUUCAUUCGUGAUAUGAAGAAAUAUAUAUCGACUCGAGUAAAAAGAUUAUUGAUCUAGUUCGCAAUGUUGGAAAAAUGCAUUUUUUAAUUCCCUUGCGCUAAUUUGUAACAUCUGCACACUUUGAUUCUCAUGCACUAAUUUUAGAAGUAAAAUUGAGUGGAUAAAUACCUUGUAAAGUAGUAAUAAGUUUCAGAGAGAAAAUAAAAAUCGAUUCGAUAAAAUCGUAAUUUAUUUUUUCCGCAAACCUUUCCCACAGAUAAUAAUUCCUACUACCAUUGGGGUUAUUAUCUUCCUAUUUUGAUCAAGUAAAAGAGGCUGAAGCGAUCCCACCUCUGCUGAUCAAAUCUCCAUAUGGACUUUAUUCAUAGAUAGAGAUGUUACCUACAAAUCUUAAUUCAUAACUUUCCUUUAGCCAUAAUAGUUCCAGAGAUACAGGAUGUUUAUUAAAUUUCACUAUACAUUAUUUCGGUCCAAAUGGCGUCAUCAGCAAUUUGACGUUUCGUAUUGACAUUACCUUGUCUAGUCUUUGUACACUAGAUUUUCUGCUUAUCAAAUGUAUGCGAGCUAUUGAGCUACACGAUAAACCCAAAAAAGCAUUUUUGUUUGCUGUCAACUGCCCAUGCCACAGAAGAACUUAAUGCACAAACGCAGCUCUUUCAGCAUACCCUUUGCUUGAAUUAUGCCAACCGACAUUUGACAAAAAAAUCACUUGGAAAGUCGGUCGAAAUUCCCUCACUUGCUGAAAUUCGUACGGACUGCUAUGGGCUUGAUCGAUUUCAAAUCCGGAAAUUCAAGUUACGAACGGCCAACAAUGCCUACAAUACAGGUUAGCAAUGCGAAACGUAGAUGUGAGGCAUGCAAAACUAACCCGACUACAAACGAUAAUAAAACGACGGCCGUGGGUAAUAUUUGCAGGAAAAUUUCUUCUUCGAAACAUUACAUACGGGCAUCUAAGUCAUGCUACCUACGUUACUUCGGAGACCCAAGUGGUAAUGACGAGGAAAAUGAUGAUCUGGACGAGGAUGAUCGACAACGGCCAUCGACAUCAAAGGGGCUACCGCCAAAACGUCGCCGUCACUCGAUCAAUGCUUUGAAAUAUAUCAUUUGAAUAUUUUUUAUUUUCAAACAUUAUAGUUAUAGUGACCGCGGCUUCACGACGGGAGCGGAAUCUCAUUCGGCUCUUUCUUAAUUAAUUUGCUUAA